AUGGGAAAUCAGUUCACGAAAUGAGUUGAUGCUCUUGAAACUAAGGAAAUAGAGUACGACUUUGCCAAAAAUCAGAUUGACAAUAGUGGCAUUGCUCAUAUUGUUGAUAUCGACAAUAUCCAUACUAUAAAAGAUAAUUCACUUGAAGAGGAAUACAAGAGAGAAAAGAUGAGAUUAAGAAACACUAAAUUUUCAGAAAGGAAGUCAACAAGAGGGACAAAAACAUUAUGCAAACUGCCAAGGAACCCGUCAAUUCCUAUCCCUUGAGAUCAAAACAUGGACUCAAAUGAAUUCUCUGAAAAUGACUCUCUAAUAGCGCCAAGUUUAUUCGAACUGGCUGCUCAAAAGUAUGCACAUAGCCAAAAGACCCCAGAGGAGGAUAAAACCAGACUUACCUUAUUCUCGUUCGGCAAGCGCCCAUCUGUGAUUGAAGGGUCCCAAAGAUCAUCGAUAUUUAUCCGAGAAGACUAGAUAAAGAAUUUUGCCCCUAAUAAUAACCCUUUAGAUCAUAAAUAUUUC